CUUGAGUUUGAACAAUCUGUUCUCAGAUCCCACUGGAAAACCCGUCGCCUUGUCAUUUCUAAAUAUUUAAACUCGCGCGUUAGGUUGGGGGAUCUGUCUGGUCUCUCGCCUUCGAGUUCAUUUAUAUUAAUAGUAGCAUACCUUUCAUAUACAUUUCAAUUGACCGUACUUACACUAUUCCCCCUCGGUUCCCUUCGAACUUUCGAGACCGCGCUAUACAUACAUACCACAUACACGCAUACAUACAUACCUAGCAUACUCUAUUUCGACUUUCUACCCCCUUUACAACCAACUCUCCUUUCUAUAUCAGGUACACAUACAAAAUGGCCCAAACCCUCGAGCAGCGAAGGCGGAACGCCAAGUUCACCAAGGAGCAGGAUGCCCGUCGCGGCAAGUCGGAGACUGAUAUCAAGAAGCACACCAAGGGCGUGCAAAAGUCGCCUAUUUCUCCCUUUUGGCUCGGUAUCCUCGGCUUCAUCGUCUUCGGCGGCCUCAUAUUCGAGCUCAUCUCGCGCAUCUUCUUCCGAUGAAUAACGAUAUUGUUGAAAGGUGCAAAUAACAUACAUACAUGCUGUCAUUAUCAAAGUAAAGUUCGAGUGACAAAAAGUACUCUUGUGGGGAUGGUCCGUGUAGUCAUGGUAUAACAUAGAGAGACGUGGUUGGAAGUUAAGAAGCAUGGGAUGCUUACAAUGUCUUCAGAGCGUAUACGUGUAUAGUUGUUUAGGAGAUCGAUAUGAUACCUGAGCUUUUUGCUCUACAAGAACGGAAUCGCGUUUUAAGGGAGGCCAUAUUUAUCUUAGAUGCGUUGCUAGAUUUAUAUACAAUUCUUGAAAUUCUA